AUGAAAGAUGAUGCACCUUUUCAAUAUGUUUCCGGAAGUAUACAUUAUUUUCGCAUUCCGGAACAGUACUGGCACGAUCGACUUUUGAAAAUGAAGGCUGCUGGGUUGGAUGCCAUUCAGAUUUACGUACCAUGGAAUUUCCAUCAGCCCGAAAAUGAUGUAUAUGAUUUUGAUGGUGAUCGGAACUUGGGAAGGUUUUUGGAGCUGGCUUCAUCUUUAGAUCUGUUGGUAAUUGCACGAGUCGGACCAUAUAUAUGUGCUGAAUGGGAUUUUGGUGGCUUACCAGCUUGGCUUUUGCGGUUUAAUCCGUUGAUGAAGUUACGCUCCAGUGAUCCAGAAUAUAUGAAGUUUGUGACGAUGUGGUUCAAUGUUUUGUUACCGAGUAUGAAACGUUUUCUCUAUGAGAAUGGUGGGCCGGUAAUUAUGGUGCAGUUGGAAAAUGAAUAUGGCUCCUAUUCAACAUGCGACGAAACAUACUUAAAAGAGCUUUACAAUUUAGCACGCUCACAUCUAGGGGAAAAUAUCAUAAUUUUUACAUCUGAUGGUCCAUCCAACAGCUUAUUAAAAUGUGGUUCAUCUGACAAACGCUAUCUAGCAACAGUUAACUUUGGUCCUACAACUGCUCCUGUACUUGAGGUUUUCAAAGUAUUGGAGGAUUUCCGACAGAAUCAACCCUGGGUAAAUAGUGAAUAUUAUGUUGGUUGGUUAGACGUGUGGGGCGGGGAUCACCAUAUUACUAAUCCUGAAUGGGCAGUGGAUGGACUAAAUCAUCUAAUCAGCUACUCAAUGAGAGUCAAUGUAAAUAUGUAUAUGUUUCACGGUGGAACCAAUUUUGGAUUUUGGAACGGUGGUGCAAGACCUGAAUCAUCAAUUACAAGUUAUGAUUAUGAUGCUCCAAUCAGUGAAGCUGGUGAUAUAACAAGAAAAUAUAUGAUAAUAAGAGAUCUACUUUUCCGGAGAAAAGGCACCGAACCACCGGCGUUACCAAGAAAUACUACAAAGAUUUCGUAUGGUCGUGUUAAUAUGAAAUUCGAAUCUCAUCUUCUAGAAAAUAAAGCUCCUGUUACUCAUUCUGCGUUUCCUCUGAUUAUGGAAAGUUUGCGACAGUAUGACGGCUUUAUGAUUUAUUCAGUCACUGUAACAGUCCCACGCAAUGGAUCUAUUUUUCUGGAGUUCUUUGGUAUCUCAGACAUAGCGCAUAUUUAUACUGGAGAUAAAUCUGGGCAUUAUACAUUUCAUGGCUCAAUACGAUAUAAAAAUAGAACGUUUCAAUUAAACAACAUGCAUGAUGUAAGUAACCUUACUAUAAUUGCUGAAAAUGCUGGACAUAUUAAUUAUGGAUCUAACAUGUAUUCGGAUGUAAAGGGUAUUACUGGACCGGUAAUAUUGAAUGGAAAAGAACUUCGAGAUUGGACAAUGAUUCCAAUUAGAGAUCCGUUUGCUAUAGUGAGCACAAACAAAAUGAAACAUUUUCUGUCAGAAAAGAAGUGGCCAGUACCUGGAUCUAUUUAUCAUGGGGCAUUCAUUGUUGAGGAUUUGGGAGAUACUUUCAUCCAACCUGAUAGCUUUGUGAGGGGAAUAAUAUCAGUUAAUGGUCAUCAUGUAGGACGAUUUGAUCAGCAACAAGGACCACAGUUUCGACUGUAUGUACCGAAAACAUUUUUAAAACUGGGUAGAAAUCAUAUAACAAUCACAGAAUUACGAGGUCCUAUAAAAGAUAAUGCACAUCAUGUCCAUAUUACAUUUCAUGAUCAAAUGCUUUGGAAGUAA